GGUGUGAUUUUGGAGAGGAAAGUACUGAGUUGAAACGAGUGAGAGGCGAACUGGAAUUCGUGUGGUUUUGGUUUCUAGGGCAACGGAAAUGUCUGGCUUUGAUUUUAACGAUCUUUUAAAAGAAGCUCAAAUCCGUUGGCUAAAGCCUGCUGAAGUGCUCUUUAUUUUACAGAAUUAUGAGAAGCAUCAGCUUACUCAAGAGCCUCCUCAGAAACCAACUAGUGGUUCUCUGUUUCUUUUUAAUAAGAGAGUCCUUCGUUUUUUCCGUAAAGAUGGUCAUAGUUGGCGUAAGAAGAAGGAUGGGAGGACUGUUGGGGAAGCACAUGAGCGUCUCAAGGUUGGAACUGUUGAAACUAUAAAUUGUUAUUAUGCACACGGAGAACAGAAUCCCAGUUUUCAAAGGCGUAGCUAUUGGAUGCUGGAUCCGGCAUAUGAGCACAUUGUUCUAGUUCAUUAUAGAGAGAUAAGUGAGGGAAGGCACAGUCCUGGAUCCAAUUCACUGUUGUCAUCAGGAUCCACUCAAACUCAGAGUCCCAGCUCUUAUAAUUCUCAAAUUCCAGGCUCUACGUCUGCAGUUAGUGAAUUAUAUGAUUCACCCCAAAAUGUUUGCAGUCCAGGGUCUGUAGAAGUUAGUUCUGAGGUAGUAAUGAAGAGUAAUGUCAGAGAACACUUGGACCGGAUAAAUGGCAUAGGAAAUUUUGGUAAUUCAUCUGAGCUUGAGGUUAGUCAAGCAUUGCGAAGGCUUGAGGAGCAGUUAAGUUUGAAUGAUGACAGCUUGGAAGCAAUUGAUGCAUUUCAGAGUCAGAAUGAGAAUAUGAAUGGCUUGGAAACUCUAGAAUAUGAAAGGAAGAUGUCUAAACAGGAUCAGCAUGCUGUUUUACUUAGUGGACCAGAAUAUACUGUACAUGAUCAACAUUACACUGGAUAUGCUGGUUGUAGUACAGAUGAUCUUAUGCUGCCACAAGAUGCAGGUGGCAACAGGGAACAUUAUCAUCAUCAAUCUACAGUUGAAGGGAGAGACACCUUAUCAUGGGAAGAGAUAAUGGAGUUCUGCAAGAGUUCAUCCGGUGUGGACUCAAAAGAGAAACACAAAUCUUAUGGAAAUGAAAGACCACUUUCUUCUUCAGGGAGGGGAGCAGCUGAGAAGCAGCAAAACUCUCAUUGGCUAAAUGUUGAAGGGACUAAUUCUGAAAGUUCUUCUAUAUUGUUACCUUCAGAAGUUGAAAAUUUGAACUUUCCUGAAUAUAAGACAAAUACUCAUGCUGUCAACUCAGACUACUACAGAAUGUUGUUUGACGAAGGUCAGAUUGAAAUGCCUCUAGAAUCAGGUCCAAGUUUGACUCUUGCACAAAAACAGCGAUUUACGAUCUGUGAAAUAUCACCAGAAUGGGGUUUUUCCAGUGAGACUACAAAGGUAAUCAUUGCAGGGUCUUUUCUCUGUCAUCCAUCAGAGUGUGCAUGGACUUGUAUGUUUGGUGACAUUGAAGUUCCUGUUCAGAUCAUUCAGGAAGGUGUCAUCUGUUGCCAGGCUCCUCCUCACCCUCCUGGAAAGGUCACUCUCUGCAUUACUUCUGGAAAUCGAGAGUCCUGCAGUGAGGUCAGAGAGUUUGAGUACCAUGCUAAGACAAGUAGUUGUACUCACUGUAAUUUAUCCCAAACAGAAGCAACUAAGAGUCCAGAAGAACUGUUGUUACUUGCCAGAUUUGUGCAGAUGCUUCUGUUUGAUCCAUUGGUGCACAGAAGAGAUGGUAUUAAAUCUGGAAUUGAUCUAUUGAUAAAAUCAAAAACUGAUGAAGAUUCAUGGGAUUGUAUUAUAGAGGCACUUUUAUUUGGCAGUGGGACUUCAUCUAGUACUGUGGAUUGGCUUCUGCAAGAGCUUCUGAAAGACAAGUUGCAUCAGUGGCUUUCUUCCCGAUCCCGGGAAGGAUGUGAGUCAUUUGGAUGUUCCUUGUCCAAAAAAGAGCAAGGGAUGAUACACAUGAUUGCUGGGUUAGGCUUUGAGUGGGCCUUAAAUCCAAUUCUUAACACUGGAGUCAGCAUAAAUUUCCGUGACAUUAAUGGGUGGACUGCCCUUCAUUGGGCAGCACGUUUUGGAAGGGAAAAAAUGGUUGCUGCACUUAUAGCUUCCGGUGCAUCAGCUGGGGCAGUGACAGAUCCCAGUCCACAAGAUCCCACUGGUAAAACUGCAGCAUCCAUUGCUUCCACAAGCGGGCAUAAGGGACUUGCUGGUUAUCUUUCUGAGGUGGCAGUAACUAGUCAUCUGUCAUCCCUCACUCUGGAAGAAAGUGAGCUUUCAAAAGGGUCUGCUGAGGUGGAAGCAGAAAUUACUGUAAAUAAUAUCUCAAAAGGGGGCCUUGCUGCUAGUGAGGAUCAGAUUCCGCUUAAAGAUGCCUUGGCUGCAGUUCGGAAUACAACUCAGGCAGCUGCACGCAUACAAGCUGCUUUCCGUGCACAUUCUUUCAGGCAGAAGCAGCAGAGAGAAGCUGAUGCUCCUUAUGUAGAUGAGUAUGGUAUCAGUUCAGAUGACAUUCAGGAACUUUCAGCAAUGUCAAAGCUGGCCUUUCGCAAUUCAGCUGCUUUAUCUAUCCAGAAAAAAUAUCGAGGUUGGAAAGGUCGUAAGGAUUUCCUAACACUACGUCAGAAAGUUGUAAAGAUACAGGCUCAUGUGAGAGGAUAUCACGUUAGGAAGAAUUACAAGGUGAUCUGUUGGGCUGUUGGCAUUCUAGACAAGGUUAUACUGCGGUGGCGCCGAAGAGGAGCUGGUUUGCGAGGUUUUCGGCCUGAAUCAGAGUCCAUUGAUGAAAACGAGGAUGAAGACAUUCUUAAGGCGUUCCGCAGGCAGAAAGUGGAUGGAGCCAUUAACGAGGCUGUAUCAAGGGUGCUGUCCAUGGUGGAGUCUCCCGAAGCACGUGAACAAUAUCACCGCGUGCUUGAAAGAUUCCAUCAAGCUAAGCAAUCACAUUUCGGACAUGAUUCAGCAUUUGAGGCGGAUUAGCAUAUAGAUCAUUCAUGGCAAAGUUGUCUUGAUUACAACUGUAGGUGACCCUAUUUUGCAUCUACUAGAUAACUUAUAUGACACUAGCAUUAGUGUCCCUUUAUUCUUUCCUUUUUCCUCUGGUCCAAAGGCAACCAUAAACUCUACCUCCCACCCCAGUGAAGAUAGAAUUCAGUCGCAAGUCUCUAGGGGAGAUGUCUACAGCCACUCCCCUGAGACUUUCAAUGUUAGGCUAGUGAUCACCUUCUUGAUCCCUGUGUUCUGGCCCCUCUAAUCUUGACACUUUUUUCCUCCACGCAUGAGUUUUCAUUUGGUGUUGGAAGGUUGAAGCCCUCAUACCUCUAUAUCAAGUGAAUCAAUAAUAAUUUGUAGUAUCUCAAAAACGAAGUCGAGGACUAAGCACAUGAUCCCUCUAAUAAAGUAUGAUUCUGUGCAAGUCGUGUGAUUUUAAUGACUUGAUGAUGACUAGUUCUGUUGUCAUGAAGGUAUACAGACUUCAUGAAUGUUCUUCUUACUUGUAGAAAGUCUCUUCUAUAGGUCAGGACUACGGUUCAAGUUUUAUUUGUUAGGUUCUCACUACACAUCGCUUAAGUAAAAAGACUCGAGCUGU